AUGGGUCGCAUGCACAAUCCAGGAAAGGGAAUGGCCAAGUCGGCCAUCCCAUACCGCCGCUCUGUUCCAUCAUGGCAAAAGAUGACCGCCGAGGAGGUCCAAGACCAAAUCGUCAAGAUGGCCAAGAAGGGUCUUCGUCCAUCCCAAAUCGGAGUUAUCCUCAGGGAUUCCCACGGAGUCGGACAAGUCCGUCGUCUCGCUGGAAACAAGAUCUUCCGUAUCCUCAAGUCCAAGGGAAUGGCUCCAGAGCUCCCAGAAGACUUGUACCAUCUCGUCAAGAAGGCUGUCGCUAUCCGCAAGCAUCUUGAGAGAUCUCGCAAGGACAUUGACAGCAAGUACAGACUCAUUCUCGUCGAGUCCCGUAUCCACCGUCUGGCUAGAUACUACAAAACCAAGCGUCAACUUCCACCAACCUGGAAGUACGAGUCCGGAACAGCUGCUUCCCUUGUUUCAUAA